CCUUGCUCGAGCACGGCUGCCGUCAUUCCCUGCCAUUGAUCCGACCUUGUCACUGUGAGAUUUUUUUGAUUGCGACCAAAAGUCUCCGCGCGAGAAGCUCCAGCCCGAUAUCGUCAGUUCUCCAUCGUCUCUGUUCGUCUAUCUCUCCAUCUAGCCGCGGCUGCCCGCCAAAACCGCAAAGUCGAUUUUGCGCUCCGUCCGCCGACCGACCGCCCGCCCGCAGCAGCAGCUUUCUUCCGCGCGCGCCUCCUCCCCCUCGCCCUUCGAAACCCAGGGCUCCCCUCGACACUACUACACAACUCAAACCGCCGGCCGUGCUGCCCUCAGCACGCUGCAAUCUGCCAACCUGGCUGCCAUCAAUUCCAAGACCUUUGGCGCAGCUCCUGACGCUGUGGCCGUGAUGGCCCAGCCGCCGAGUGGCAAGCCGGUGGAGGAGGAGGAUUACGACUAUGAAUCCCUUCCGCCAAACUUCUCUCUGCUGCAGAACAUGGCUGCAGGUGCCUUUGCUGGCAUUGCUGAACACACCGUCAUGUAUCCAAUCGAUGCGAUCAAGACGCGAAUGCAAGUCCUGCAGCCGCACGGCACGAUAACACACAACAGCGUUGUCCGAAAUAUAUUCCAGGUCGCGCGGACCGAGGGUGUCUUUAGUUUAUGGCGCGGCAUGUCCAGCGUCAUUGUGGGAGCCGGUCCUGCCCACGCCGUCUACUUUGCGACCUACGAAGCCGUCAAACAUGCCAUGGGCGGCAAUCAGGUGGGCGUCCACCACCCUCUUGCUGCUGCCACAAGCGGUGCUGCAGCUACAAUUGCCAGCGAUGCUUUCAUGAAUCCAUUCGACGUCAUCAAGCAGCGCAUGCAGAUGCAAGAGUCUCGCAAGAUGUAUCGCUCCAUGGUCGACUGCGCCAAGUACGUCUACCGAAACGAGGGCAUCGGCGCCUUCUACAUCUCCUACCCGACCACGCUGUCCAUGACCGUUCCCUUCACGGCCCUCCAGUUCCUCGCCUACGAAUCCAUCUCCACCGCCAUGAACCCGCAGAAGGCAUACGAUCCCGUCACGCACUGUCUCGCCGGAGCCGUUGCCGGUGGCUUCGCCGCUGGUCUGACCACGCCCAUGGACGUCAUCAAGACCAUCCUACAAACGAGAGGCACGUCCUCCGACCCCCAGGUCCGAAACGUCAGCGGCUUCAUGGAAGGCUGCAAGCUGCUGUAUAGAAGAGAGGGCUUCAGGGGCUUCUUCAAGGGAGUCAGGCCCAGGGUUGUCACAACAAUGCCCAGCACCGCCAUCUGCUGGUCAGCCUAUGAGUUUUCAAAAGCGUACUUUAUCAAACGUAACGACAGUCUGUAA